UGGAGUUUGGAGAGGCUGGGAGACGGGCUUGGUGAUUUGACUUCUCUGCUGCAGUCGUGCAAAGGCGAACGGUGUGUGUUUCUCUCGCACACGGAGACCAACCAGGCUCCCAGGUUCGCCCGCUUGCUCUGUGAUGCUGGGAAGUCUGUCCGCUGAACCAAUGGUGGUGUGAUUGUGACACACGCACACACACUGCAAGAGAAGGGGGAAGCCCAUCCUCUUCUCUUGCGACCUGAGGGUGCAGUCGUCAUUUCCCACUCAACAUCCCUCUUCAUUCUUCUGCUUCUGUUUCAGCUUCACUCUUCCCUUCCCUCCCCCGUUGAAAUUACACGACUGGAAAAGGCGAAACCGGUGGCAUCACCGAUCACCCCCAGUUGAAACGCCCCCCCCCCCGCUCCGCUUCACCCACCCCCUUCCCAGAUGCGCGUCCUCAUCCGGAGAGGCGAAGGAGAGCCUGGCUUUUCCAGCAAGCAACGCAACUUGGCUUGACAUGCGAAGGAGGACCCCCCUCCCCUCCCCUCCCGUCCUGGCAGCAGCAAUUGACCACGAGAUGGAAUGAGGUCUCUGUAGAGAACCGGGAGGAUCGGUAACUGGGGGAGCAAAAAGGACACCCCUCCCCGAAGACCAGAACCGGGAAGGAUUGCUGACCUGAUAAGAAGAUCUGUUACCUGUGUACAGUGGAAAUUAAAUCUUGUGUAUGGCGUGGUUAAGGUUGCAGCCUGUCACCUCUGCCUUCCUCCGCUUUGGCCUCAUUACCUUUGUACUGUUUUUACAUGGUCUGCAGGUGGAUGCUGGCACAGGGGCAAUUUCCCCCAUCAUAGGACAUAAUUACACAUGUUCAGGUUCUUCUGAGUGCAAGGAAGGUGUCAUCUUACCAAUAUGGUACCCAGAAAACCCAUCUCUUGGGGACAAAAUUGCCAGGGUUAUUGUUUAUUUUGUUGCACUGAUCUACAUGUUUCUGGGAGUUUCUAUCAUUGCUGAUCGCUUCAUGGCAUCCAUAGAGGUCAUUACGUCACAAGAGAAGGAGGUCACAAUCAAGAAAUCCAAUGGAGAAACUACCACAACUACCGUACGAGUAUGGAAUGAAACUGUUUCCAAUUUGACCCUCAUGGCCCUUGGUUCCUCUGCUCCUGAGAUUCUUCUGUCUUUGAUAGAAGUAUGCGGUCAUGGGUUUGUUGCUGGUGAUCUGGGGCCUUCUACCAUAGUUGGCAGUGCAGCUUUUAAUAUGUUUAUCAUCAUAGCCAUCUGUGUCUAUGUCAUUCCUGAUGGAGAGAUUAGAAAGAUAAAACACUUGAGGGUUUUCUUUGUCACGGCUGCAUGGAGCAUCUUUGCAUAUAUAUGGUUGUACAUGAUCCUUGCAGUCUUCUCUCCAGGUGUGGUCCAGGUGUGGGAAGGCCUACUCACUUUGUUUUUCUUCCCUGUUUGUGUCAUCCUGGCUUGGAUAGCAGACAGAAAGCUUUUCCUCAACAAGUAUAUGCACAAAAGGUACCGUACUGACAAGCACAGGGGUAUUAUAAUUGAGACCGAGGGGGAUCACCCCAAAGGGAUUGAAAUGGAUGGUAAGAUGAUGAACUCCCACUUUCUGGAUGGAAACCUAGUGCCUAUGGAAGGGAAAGAGGUAGAUGAGUCUCGCAAAGAGAUGAUCCGGAUCCUCAAAGACCUGAAGCAAAAGCAUCCAGAAAAGGACUUGGACCAGCUAGUGGAGAUGGCCAAUUACUAUGCCUUGUCUCAUCAACAAAAAAGCAGAGCUUUCUAUCGGAUACAGGCUACUAGGAUGAUGACUGGAGCAGGCAAUAUUCUGAAAAGGCAUGCAGCUGAGCAAGCCAAAAGAAGUGCUAGCUUGCAUGAAGUGCGGCCAGAGGAACCUGAAGAAUUCAUUUCAAAAAUUUAUUUUGAUCCUUGCUCCUACCAGUGUCUUGAGAACUGUGGUGCUGUCCUCCUAACCAUCGUUCGGAAAGGAGGAGACAUGUCCAAGACAAUUUAUGUGGACUAUAAGACAGAAGAUGGUUCUGCAAAUGCUGGGGCUGACUAUGAAUUUACAGAAGGUACAGUUGUUUUGAAGUCAGGGGAGACCCAAAAAGAGUUUGCAAUAGGCAUCAUUGAUGAUGACAUCUUUGAAGAAGAUGAGCAUUUCUUUGUGCGCAUCAGUAACCUCCGAGUGGUCGAGACAGAGGAGCCUCCUGAGGUCAACAACUUGCCAUAUCCCAAGGCCAUACUUGCCUCUCCCUAUGUGGCCACUGUAACUAUUUUGGAUGAUGAUCAUGCAGGCAUCUUUACCUUUGAAUGUGAUGUGAUACAUGUCAGUGAGAGCAUUGGGGUGAUGGAAGUGAAAGUUCUUAGGACAUCUGGUGCCCGAGGGACAGUCAUAGUCCCCUUUAGAACAGUUGAAGGGACAGCAAAAGGAGGCGGUGAGGAUUUUGAAGAUGCUUAUGGUGAGCUGGAGUUCAAGAAUGAUGAAACUGUCAAAACUAUUCACAUCAAGGUAAUUGAUGAUGAAGAGUAUGAGAAAAACAAGACUUUCUUCAUUGAGCUGAUGGGCCCACGCAUGGUGGAUAUGAGUUUACAGAAAGCUCUCCUUUUGACUCAAGAAGUGGCAGAAAGGAAGCUGACAAUGGAAGAGGAGGAAGCUAAGAGGAUUGCAGAAAUGGGAAAGCCAAUACUGGGCGAGCAUCCCAAACUGGAGGUCAUCAUUGAAGAGUCCUAUGAAUUCAAGAGUACUGUGGACAAGCUGAUCAAGAAGACAAACCUGGCCUUGGUGGUAGGGACACAUUCCUGGCGGGACCAGUUCUUGGAAGCCAUUACUGUCAGUGCAGCAGGAGAUGAAGAUGAAGAUGAAUCUGGCGAGGAACGUCUGCCCUCCUGCUUUGACUAUGUCAUGCACUUCCUAACUGUCUUCUGGAAGGUGCUCUUUGCCUGUGUCCCACCCACUGAAUACUGCAAUGGCUGGGCUUGUUUUAUUGUGUCUAUCCUGAUCAUUGGCAUGCUCACCGCCGUCAUUGGAGACCUGGCUUCUCAUUUUGGCUGCACUAUUGGCCUUAAGGACUCAGUGACUGCUGUUGUCUUUGUGGCUUUUGGUACUUCAGUUCCAGACACUUUUGCUAGCAAAGCAGCCGCCGUCCAAGACGUGUAUGCAGAUGCUUCCAUCGGCAACGUCACAGGCAGUAAUGCUGUCAACGUCUUCUUGGGCAUUGGACUGGCCUGGUCAGUGGCUGCCAUCUACUGGGCUUCCAAGGGACAGGAGUUCCAAGUGUCUGCAGGCACUCUCGCCUUCUCUGUGACGCUGUUCACCAUCUUUGCUUUUGUCUGCAUCAGCGUCUUGCUGUACCGACGACGGCCUCACUUUGGAGGGGAAUUAGGAGGCCCCAAAGGGUGCAGACUUGCCACAACUUUGUUGUUCGUGAGCCUGUGGCUCCUGUACAUUUUGUUUGCCACCCUGGAAGCCUAUUGCUACAUCAGAGGAUUCUAAGCCGUGAAGAAGAUGAUCAAAUUGGAAGGGAGGGCUGCCCCUCCUCCGUUACCUCAUUAGACACCAGUCCUCAAAGUGUUGUCAAACAAGGAAUGACAGCUAUCACUCAAGAUUCCAUAGCUGCCCAGAUGGUAGGACAACUGGGCUUUAAGAAGGGCAAAACUAUCACAAAAACAAAGUUUAAGAUAAUUAAAAUGAAGCCAACAACAUCAUCCCAGUCGCUGAUCCUACCCUGUUAAAUCUAAAACUUCAGCAACAUUCAAAGUUCCUGUUUCAGUUACUGCUGAACUCAACUUUAUUCCUUCUUCCGCCUUACUAAAUGUCUUGAUUCAGAUGGAAAACAAUUUUUAAUGUAUUUGGCAGUGUGAUUCUUAGAGCCAAAACAGAUAAGAUGCAGAAAAUAUGUAUAUAGAAUCUCCCUUGAUGUGUUAAAAGUUAGUCAGCAGGUCCAGGUUGCUGCUUUCAAGAUUAAGGAACUAUUUGUUUAAUCUUUUCCUCUCAUGCUUCUUCCACAACUUAAAAUGUUCCUCCAAAGCUUUAGUUUACUCUAUGCAGAGGGAAAGAUAGGUCUGGUGCUUGCAUCUGUAUUUUCCUGCAUGCAGACUAAAUUACUGCUUUGGGAUGGGCAUUUUAAGAUAUGCAGGAGGUAUGAAAGGAAAGGGUUAAGCAUCCUUCCCAGAUUUUCAAAGCAGCUAUUAUGCAUUUAUCUUUCUCAUCUGGUUUGGCCCUGACUUGAUCUAUUUUCCUUUUAGCACUCAGAAAGGAGCUGGGAAAUUGUCAGCCCAUCCAAAUCUCAAGGCAGAAUCAAUGCUGGAGAUGAAAAUGCUACAUUUUUGUUUACAUUGCAUAAACAGCAUCUGUCAAGAGACAUGCUCUUUUUCACUUUAUUUUAGAGUUACACUAUUGUGCUUUAAACACAAAGCAACACACACACACCUCUGCAGGAAAAAUACAGUUGAUAGCUGAAGCAUGAAGCAAUCUGAUUACCUGCCUGGGCUACUAAAAUUUUAAAAAAACCCGGAAAACAGAAAAAAGACCUCUAAUAAUAUUGUAUGUAACUUGUAUAUUUUGAAUAUGGCAACUCUCUUUGUGUAAUGAACUUUCUUAAAGCUUUUGUCACUGCAGAGAGCAACAAAGAUAGUCACUUAUAAAAGGUAAAUAAAUCAACACAAAGGUGUGGGGGGGUGGGGCAAAGCCUGCAGUGUGGAAAAUAGGAGCCAGGAAAAACCAGCACAAGUUUCUUUUUUAGUCAUAGUAGGCAAUUUGUCCAUUUGUGAAAGGGAAGGAAAUUGUUUCUUUUUUACGUGGAGAUGUCUUUAUGUAAAUAAUUUGCUGUUCUCACAUUUUUUGGUGCAUACGAGGAAACUUUGAGGAGUUAAGGUGCCACUCAAAGUCUUCUAAGCAUCACUUUCCUGGACAUACUUUGUUCCUAAAAAUACUUGAGAAGCAGGAAAGGAUUCUGCCUGCUCUUCUUGACUAGGUAUGCCAGACUGUAUCAGGGAUGCAUCUGUGACUCUUUUAACAACCCAUUUGUGAAAGAAAGUCUUCACUGUGACUCAGAGGCCUGGCGCCUCGGCCAUUGGGAGACUUGGACAUGGCUUGUCAUCAUCACCUUGAAGUGAAAUUGGCAAGUGAAGCAUCUGAAAUGUAAUCUGGUAGGCCUACAUUUGGCCAGAUGACUUCCUCAUCUCCUGUAAGGCAGAGUAUGAUCUCGCGGAUGUCGACACACCUCUGAUUACUGUAGUACACUGGCACCUUCUAUACCAAGAAAACUGACCACCAAUCCCCUUUGGGUACUUUGGUCUUCUUUUUUCCAAAAGAAAACACUGAUAAUAUUUUUUCAGCUCCAGUGAUGUUUCCCAUUCAACUAGCCUGUGUUACAUCCAUCACAUUCUUUUCACACACAGGUUCACUUUGCAGUCUUUGUUCGGUUGAGAGGUGUGGUCUUAACUGCCCCCAUUCUGCUUCAUGUGAUGAACAGUCUAAGAGAGCACCCUUUCCAUUUCCAUUGAUCAUUUUUAAAGAAAAAAAAAUAUAAAAUGAAAAAAAUAUAAAUGAAUUAUAGUAACAGCUGCAAACGGAAGUUUUGGGUUGGUACUAAAUAAAAGCUAUACUUAUAUCUAUAGACACAUAUUAUAUAUACAUAUUUCUUAAGUGCGAAAGCAGAAAGGUUUAUGCUUUAUUUUUUAAGUAGAAGACAUUUUCUUCUGUCCAAAAAUACUUAGGUGCUCUACAGGAAUGUCUUCUUCAUAAAUGCCAACCUUGUUAAAGAGGCGCGGAAGGAUCAGAGGCAAGUACACAAGUGGUAUCCAUCAGGCAUAUCGUUUUAUAAGAGUGAAUUGCUGAAGCAAAGGAGGAAGUGUACAUCUAUGGAUAUUGGAUGCUGAAUGUGUGUGUGUAGAGCAUGAACAUGAAAGAGUGAUGGGAAAUUUGCAGUGGCCAAAAAGGAUGCAUUACUGAACAUGGACAUGAAGAUACAAGAUGAUCUAAGAAAUGUAGGACAAUGAAUGAAAAUUAUCCUUAACUGGAAAAAAAAGAUUUAUUUUCCUAUAAAAUCAUGCAGAAGUUUCAAAUAUGUCACACUCCAUUUAUGGGUCUUUAUCACAUAUCGAUAUAGUUAUAUGUAUGUGUGUGUGUGUGCAUUAAGAAACAUAAGAAGGAAAUGGGAAUACUUUGUUCUGCCAUACCAUAAGAGUUUGGACAGAGAAAAGGGGUGAAAAUUUGUAUUUGUGGAAACUGGUAAAGGGCGAACAUUUGAUGGCUUUCAUUAGGCUUCUGAGGUAGCACAAGUAGGUAAUCCCCCAUGGUGAAAUGAAUAAAAUGGAUGGUACAGACUACUGGGAAGAUCUCCUGCGGAACCCUAUUGAAGAGCAUCAGAGCACGCUGGUGGAUGUGCCCCAAACCAGAGAAAGGAUUCCUUCCCAUGGAAAUACUGUUCCUUCAGUAUAGUCAUUCCAUCUCUAGUGGGAGCUUUAAUAUCUGUCAUAAUAAUUCAUCCAUUCUAAUCUUUCUGCAAUUUAUAUUUUAUCAUUACCUACCUUCAGGGGAAAAAAUGGGGGUGAAAAGCAGAUUAAAUAAGUAAAUAUCUUGGUGCCUGAUCUCCAAUUUCCUGCACAAGAUCUUUUGUAAAAUAAGAAGCUAGUUAUCACAUGACCAGCUCUUUUGGAUUUCAAAAAGCAGAACUUCCCCAGGUUACUAUGGCUGUCUUUAAUCCCUGUUUCUUCACAAUCAUUUAGUACAUAUGACCUUUGUUAACCAAAUUGUGUUCAUAUGUAAGUAUGCUUUGGUUUAUUUGUCACAGUGGUAUUCCAUCCUUUCCUAAAAGAGGUCAGGACAAUGUGCAUGAGAUCUGAUUUUAUGCUGUCAACGACCCUGUGAGGUUGGCAUAGAAUGAGCAACAGUGGUUUGUGAGACAAUUAUUUGGGCCUGUAGGAAAGUGCUGAGUAACAUCAAAGCCACACAUUCAGUAGAAGUUUUCACCGCACCUAUUUUAUCUCUGAAGUUUCUUGAAUUUCUUUCCUAAUUCCAUGAGACUCAAAAAAACAGCCUUUCCUUAAAGAAAAAAAAAUACCGAGCUUGGAAUUCAAACCAAAUCAGUGUUAAUGUAUUAGGUGAGUUUUUAUUUGACAAGCUUGGCUUCCUGACUGAGAAACCUAACCUGGGCACAAGAAAAAUGCUGAUCAUGUUUGCUCAUUCAACGUCAUCACCGUAUUUCCAUCUGCUUGUUUCUUAAGAUCACCUUGUUGGAGAGGGAUGGACUGUCCCAUUACCCAUGUCAUGGUUGUUUUGCUGCCCUUAACACGCACUGAAAAGAAAAAGUUCUGGGCCAACAAUGUCAGUGGAGUGUCUCUUCAUUUUAUUUUUAAGUCAUUAAAUACAGGAGAAGUCAAUUAAAAA